AUGACUAAACGUAUAAAUCUCUAUUUCGUUCUUGCCUUAAUCUUUGCUUUUUCUUUCGCUUCCGCAAACGGAGCCUCUCUUUGGCAGCGAACUUGGCCACAAAAAACUGCACGUGCAGCUUUUAGACUUGGUACUGGCUGUUCGCUAGUAGGAGAUAUCGAUUUCUUCCAAUCUUCCGAGGAGUAUGUUAGGUUCUCUGGCCAGAUAAAUCAAGGAUUCGACUGGUCGGACCCAAAUGAAUAUCAGUUCGAGAUUAGGAAUGGUGGAACCCCUGAAAUACUUGCUUUUCCAACAUUUACGGUUAACGCACCACCGGGUGGCUCAUCAGAUUUUCACAUAAUCGAUGAAAAUAAGGUUAUUGGACUUGCAGGUGGUGUAGCUGCUAGAAAUGUUCUGGGACAUGAUCUUAAAAUUUUUCAUCUUAGUAGUUUAUUAUGUAGUGCAGAAAUAAAAGGAGCUCCAUAA